CAAGUACACGAGCGUCCCUCUCCAGUGCAGCCUCCACCAGGACCCCAACAACGCCUGCUGCCGCAUCAUGAUCUGUGACCCCAAUAAGGUGGUGGAGAUUGCCUACGUCACAGACGCUCCCGUCACCCUGGCCCCGACCUCCGCACCCACAACGCAAGAUCCCAACGGUCCUGUGGUGGUCCGCCCGGUGCCCACUGUGUCGUCAGGUGGAGUGAUAUACACGCUGCCCCCCACACAGAGGCCUUCUUUAGAAUUCUGUGUGUACAACGGCGCCACGUAUAGACAAGGUGACACCUUCAAGAGGAACUGUCAGCUGAUGUGUAGAUGUGAUGACGCAAGGAACAACAUCGUCAACUGUUUUGAAAGGUCAGUUCUGAGCUCAUGGUAUACCCCAUCAGCUGUGGAAAGUUAUUGACUACUUUGCCUCUGACAUUACGUCGUUCAGGGCACUGUGAGAAAGUUGUUCUUAUUGGCAUUAUCAUAGUUUUCCCUCCAUUCUUUUUCCUUCUUCUACUUCUCCUCUUCUUCCUCCUCUUCUGAUACCUUUUUAUGUCGUCCUCUUACACUCUUCACCAUUGACGGCACUGUUUUCCCCUCUUCCCUUAUCUUAUCCUUUCCUAUCCUCUCACUUAUUACCAUUGUCCUUCUCCUCCUCUUCCUCGUCAUCAUCAUCAUCAUCAUCAUCAUCAUCAUCAUCAUCA